CAACCAGAUCCCCCCACAACUACAUUAGUUCCUCCAGACUCUAUCCACCCUCGUGAUCCACCCCUAAACUCUACAUGCAGCAAGAGAAAUGUUCCUUAUUCAGUCGAAGCUGUGCUUGGAUUCCAGAAGCCUGAAGAAAAGCCCUUCACACUCCCCACACAGAUCCAAUCAGAUCCCCCCCAGCACUACAUUCGUUUCUCCAGACCCAAUUAGUUUGUUUGAUCCUCGUCUGAAUAAGAGGCAGGCUUCUUAUUCAGUUGAGGCUUUCUCUACGGCCCAGAAGCCAGUGAAAAACCCCUUUUGCAGUCUCUUUGCAGGGACGAUUAGCCAGACCUCCACUACACCUCUCAUACAGAACUCUGCUAAUUCGCCCAUCAACAACCCAGGAUGUAAGGGACUAGCUUCUUAUUCAGUUAAGGCUGUUCUAAAGUCCCACAAGCCUAUGGAUAACCCCGUCCGCAGCCUCGUUGCAGGCCCCAUCACCCAGUUCUCUCGCCACCCUGAUAUACAGACCCAACUAGAUCGUCCUAGCACUACAUUAAAUCCUCCAGACUCCAUUCGGCCCCCUGAUCCUCCUUCAGUCUAUAAGAGGCCAGCUUACUAUUCAGCUAAAGCUGUGCUUGGAUCUCCUAAACCUUUGAAACCAUCCUUCAGCAGCCUCUUUGCAGGCCCCAUCAGCCAGACAUCUCCCCAACCUCCCACACAGACCCAACCAGAUUCCCCUAGCGCUACAUUUGGUCCUUCAGAUUCUGUUCCUCCUGCAGGCUGUAAAAGGCCGGCUUCGUAUUAUGUUACGGCUGUGCUUGAGCCCGAGAAGCCUGUGGAAAACCCCUUCUGCAGCCUUUUUGCAGGAAUCAUCAGCCAGACUACUCUCGACCCUCCCUCACACUCCCAAAACUCCCCAGGUUGUAAGGCACCAGCUUCUAACAAGCCCAUGGAAAAACCCUUCCUUAGCCUCUUUGCAGGCCCCAUCAGCCAGACAACCCUCCCUGACCUUCCCAGACAGAUGAAACCAAAUCCCCCCAGAACUGCAAUUGGUCCCCCAGACCCCAUUCGGUCUUCUGAGCCUCUCCCAGUCUGCAAGAGACGGACAUUCUCAGUUGAGGCUGUCAGUGAGUCCCAGAAGUCCAUGGAAAAACCAUUCCGUAGCCUCUUUGCCGGCCCCCUCAAACAGACCUCCACUUCCGGCCAUCCAACACAGACCCAACCAGAUCCCCCUAGAAAUUUCACUGGUUGUAAUAGACCAUCUUCUGAUUCAGUUGAGGCUAUGCUUGAGACUCAGAAGCCAGUGGGAAAACCCUUUCGCAGCCUCUUUGAAGGCCCCAUCAGCCAGACAACCCUCCCUGACCCUCCAACACAGACCCGGCCUUAUCCCCCAAUAGUCGAGCCUAAACCGGAGGUGCCAGACCCAACACCGCUCACCGAGCCAUCCACAACCCAUUCUGUUCUGAGGACCCUCUUCCUACGCCUGAGCCCAUGCCGCCAUGAGGGGGAGCAGGCGAUCAGUAACAGCUGCAAAGAUCCAGGAGGCGAUGGCCUGUGUUCCAGUGAAGACAAAAUCACCAGAGGAUCUACUUCCACAGGACAGCAGAGGCAGAGCCAGGAGGUGGUUGAGGAGCCGGAGAGUGAGCGCGAGGAGUGCCUUCUGAGGGAUGAGCUGUUGGUGAUUCCAUUAGAACCAUUAGUGCCUUACGUGCCACUUGGUGACCCUUGCCAGGCUGAUAUCACCCUACCACGGUCCACCUUCGCCCGGGACGUGGUGUGGUCCUUUGAAGACCUUUCCCCUCUUCCUCCCCCCUCACUCAAUCACCAGCCGUCUGUCCCUCUGGCCUCCCCCUCUACUGAGAGAACAUCAGGUCCUGCUGUUGGACUGUCCAGCCCUGCAGGACUCAGGCCACAGCCUUCCCCACAGGACUCCAACUCUCAGGAGGCUGCAGGAGAGCAUCUCAUUCCCUCCAGGAAUUCAGGUAGGAGUCGGGUCCAGGUGGAUACCCCCGGCGUUCAUAACCUUCCAAUCCAAGCGAUGGUACGGAUCACUCAACGUAACACUGAUGUACAACCACAGCGACUGUCUGGACAAAUGAGGGGCAAAAGUGACAACGUGGGUGACAAAAAAACGCUGAAAGACCUUUUUAAGACUUUUGACCCCACAUCUUCUCCCUUCAGACAGUAACUGCAUUUGAACUAUGGCUCAUAUUGUAUGCACUGUCGGUCAAUGGACUACACAUCAAGACUUACACAAACACUUGACCUUCAUAUGAAUGCUCUAGUGUAUUUUCCUGCUAACAGAUCAGAACAGUAAUUCAUUGCAAAAAUGAUAGUGUAAAAAUGCAAGAGAACAAUUACACGCGCGCGCACACAACCCUCCUUAACUCCAUUUGAUAAAAUGUGUUCCUCCCAUUGAUAUCAUUACUUAGCAACAGCUAAUGUUACUGAUGAAUUGUCAGCCUAGUCUGUCUUGGUGAGAAUUGUUUAGGGAUUUUCUUAGAUGAGGCAUGUUGAUGUUUUUUUACAGAAUAAAAUUUACAUUAUUGAUUAUUUAAGGUUAAAAAAACGAAUGGCAUUUAAUUUUUAUUAAAGCAGAAAGUAACAUAUUGGAACAAUUAGUUAACUAGUAACAACUAACCGUUGCCCUCUUCCUCCACUCUUGCUGACUACAUUUCCUCUUAUUUGAUGAGUGAACAAUGGAAUGUUAUUACACUCAACUGAUUCUUAUUCUCAUGUGGAAAAUGUAAUUAUUUAAACUAAUUCUGCACCA